UUUAAGUUCUCCUCAGUUAUAACAAAUAUUUUCUCUCUAUGUCUAUAUUUUCAUUAUUCCAUUUAAGAGAAAAAAAAAUUUUUGUUAACAUAACAUAAUCGUAACUGCACCGAAAAUUGCAUAUUCGAUAUAAGAAUGAUGAAACUUUGCUAUUGCAAUUAAUUAUAUUCUAACAUUGUUGCACAAUAUUUAUUAUGAAAAUCCAUGUUAAAUUUGUUUGUAGAAGUUUGUUGAUGAAGCAGAUUUAAUUCACCGUUAAAUACAGUACAGCAAUUAUAUUCUGCUGUUGCAGCGAAACAAUUUCUUAUUAUGACUAAAUUUAAUAAUUUGCAGAUUCAGCAAAAUUAAUAUUCUUACGAAAUCGUUCUGCUGUCAUUAACAGCAUUUGGCCAGCAAAGUGAAAUAUGCGAAGCAUAUAAAUUUGCGAAAUCGAUCGGCGACACGAAGAAUCAUGAUGGAAUCAUGAUAGAAUAAGUGUGUAAAGUUAACAAUGAAAGACAGACAUUGUGUCCUAAAUCGAGAGUCGCGUUCACCAGCAAGGCGAUUGAACCUGACCCAGUGAGGCGGCCCUCUCCUGGAUUCUGACUAAAGAAGAAGAAGAGGCGGAGACAGGUCCACGAUAUAUCAGCGCGCCGUAGGUCGCGACUUGACCCACAGUCUGAAACUGCGAGAGCCAUGGUCUUUCUCUCUCGUCUCAGACUGAAUGCUGAAGUUACGGCGCGUGAACCAUGGCGUAUCGCGCUGCCGCCGCCGCCGCCACCGCGCCUCGGAAGAAGACGGAGGACUCGCGCGCACUGGAGAGGUAGCCAAGAGAGGCGACGUGCACACGUGCACCUCAGGGCAUUCGCGGGUUGGCAGUCGGCUCUUGAGAGCCGCCCGGUGCAUGCCAUUCGCGGCUCUCAAACGCGCGUUUUUUGCCAACCUCUCUCGGUGGCAACCCCAGAGGGAUUCGUGUCUGCCGGUCGUGCCGUAAAAUUUCGCGCCAAGGGAGAUAUUACCGAGAGGAAAUCUCCCACGAAAGGAGGAGGGAUGGGGCAAGAGGAGUGCCGGAAUUUUUAACCGAUUUAAUCUUCACGGUGGCUGUAACGAACAGUAUUGAAUGUUCGCGCGAAGUGGUAGAACGAGAAAGAGAGAUAGAGAGGAGAGUGCGGGAGCGAUGUUGGGUGUGAUUUUUAGCAAAUGCUAAUCCGUUCGAGAUGUAGACGAGUCAGCUUUAUUUCACGUCACGAUUGCAAAGACGUGUCUUCAGAGCUCUCUGCACUGCCCGAGAAGGAAAACGCAAGCUAUUACUUAAGCUGUUACACGACUCUGACGGAAGGCCAGGGUCGUGACACGCGAGACUUGUGCAGUUCAGAAUCCCACGGUCCCGAUGGCUGGUCAUGCGAUCAAACGCGAUCUUCGCGCGGCAUGUAGUGCGGAAAAAGUAUCUCUCGGAAAAAAACUACUUAUGCAAAAUUCAUCCUCGUCGUGGCAAGUAAUGACAGAGUGUACGAAAUGCAGAAAUUAAAGAGUCCUGUGCGCGAUCGACUUUGCGUAAAAAAUGGAUUUAAUUAAUAUUUAAAGAACAUUAUGCAAGUGUGAAAGGAAUAGUGCGGUCGAAUUUUUUCUUUUAAUAAUUUGCUUUUACUUGUGUGUCGUGUAAUGUGUUGUAAAUUACAAAACAUAAAAUUCAACGCUAAAUAACAAUGGGAAACGCAAGAUCGCAAUCCUGCGGCCGAAGCAAGUCGCUCUACCUGUUCUACCUUAUCCACCGAACCUGGAGCGUCGUCCUAGAUCAUCGGAGGGAUCAAGAUCGUUGUGACGAUACCGACGGAGAAACGGACUUGUCGUCAAAAUGCAGUACCUGCAACGGAUGCGAUUACCGACAGGACAGCCUAAUCUUCGAAAGCGAGUCGGACAUGGCGCCCAAUGCGGAGGAGGAGCUGCUGGUUGUGAAACCAUGGGGGCCGCAACCGGAAAAGGAACGCUUAAGGCCACCCACGUAUAACGCCGAGGAUUACGCAAUCGCGCUGAGACGAUGGGGAAGACGCCCAUUAGGCACCGUUCAAGACUCUCAAGGUACUUUGCCGUCGACAACCAGUUCGAGUUCCGGUUACGCAUCCGGAAGUGGAGAGAUGACCUUGAGACAGUUCACGUCGGUCAGCGAGCUAUUAAAUAAACUCAGAGCCGAUCUCAGACUUGCUUUUCCCAGCUUCGUGCAGGAGUUUGCCUCCCCGCCCGCGGACGGGAUCACCUUGCUGCUGGAAACCUUGCGCGGCGUUCAACUGGCCCAAAGUUCACCGCCGAGUUCGGGGCAGACUGGACUGUCAAGGGUGGGCACCAGACGAGCCGCCCUGGACGAAUUGGGGUGCGUGGAGUGCUUGGCCGCGUGCGGCGAGCGAUGCGCCGAUGCGCCACGGCUGUUGGUGCAGGCGCAGCCCGGCCUCCUGGCUCUCGCGGUCUGUCUGACCAGUAGUCUGAACCGGUCCCGGGUUCUGGCUCUUCAGCUUUUGACGAAAGUGUGCCAGGCACCAGGUGGACACGCGGCCGUUUCGGAAGCCGUAUCAACUCUGAGACUCAAGUACGGAGAAGGUGGAAGAUUUCGAUUUUUGGCGGGCGCUCUUUUAGCUCCAAGGGCAGCCAUCGCGCUGAGGGUCGCGGGAGUCUCAUUUUUGAACGCUUUCCUGAAAUCUGCACCCCGCACGCAAACCAAGUUGUAUAUUCAGGCUGAGGCCUGCGAAGCUGGCUUAGAGCCGCAGGUACUUCAGGAAUGGCUGAGGGAAUUCGACGGACGUGAGGAGGACGCUUUAACUGAUUUACUGCACAAGGAAGUUCAGAAAUGGGCGCACAACUGCGUCGAUGUAGACGCUCUGCAGCGCAGGGUAACGCGCGCGGAAGAAACCUGCAGGAUACUUAGCAAAAAGGUGUCGCUUCUGCAGAUGCAACUCGAAAAACGAAAUGACUGCAAUUUGGAAGACGAACGAGAUAAAUCCGCGCCGAUGAUCCUUAUUGCCGCUAAAAGCCCGAAAGUGUCCUCGAACGCGGAGGACGAGGGUAUCAGCUCCUCGGAGAGAUCCAGCAGCCCCGAAGAUACGAAGCAUCAAGCGAGAACCAAUCGGCAGAAAGACUCACCCACGCAAAGCAACGAUCAGGAAACGACGAUAGACGAUGUGAUCGAGGAACUGAGGAUUAUAGUGAAGGAUGCCGAAGAAGAAUUCAGCGAUAAAACUCAGGAAUUGAAUCACCAUGGUAAUAUAAAUCAGGAAACCAUUCAUAAUGAACAGGACUCAGAUAAAAGCAAAUUAUAUCGAUCGAAUUCCAAAAUCUCAUUGAACAACUCUGAGAGCUAUAUGUACGAAAAAAUACCCAAGAGGGAUCAAUAUCCGGAUUUAAAGCUAAAGUCAAAAGUCGCGGGUUCCAACGUGUUUCACAAUCCGAUGAAAGGUGAACAGGUGACGUAUUUCGGCAACGAUCAAGAUUACAGUACAGACUCAGACGGCGCGAAGAGACCGAAUAUCGCUGGGCCGCGCAAAACAUCAAAGUCGUCGAUGGAAGGCAGCGUUAAGAUCGUUGUGAAGGGGCCUGACGUGGAAGAGGCGAUAGUACCGGCUAUUCUACAUCCGCAACCGCCACGAAGAGCACCGCCGUGCUUAUCGGUUAUCAUGGCCGCCAGGCAUUGCGACUUCGCCGACCACGCAGAGAUGUACAAUUCUCACGACGAGGAGAUCGAGGAGGAAACCCUGGGUGAUGGCAGCGAUUCCUUGCUGAGCGCUUCCAAACUCAAAUACAACAACAAACAUCAGAUCUACGACGGACAUAUGGGGAACAUUAACGAGGAACAUCACUUGCAGAAACCAACCAAGAGCGACACUAUACUGAUAGGGUCGAAUCACAUCGACGUUAAACUUAGAAAGAGCCUCGACGAUCUGCGUCACUUCGGGAAUACGAAUGAUAUGAAGGACAAAAAGACGUUAAGAAGUUACGAGAUUUCCAAGUCAAAGAUUAUGGACGUCAGACCGAUUGACAGACAGAUUGACGUUUACAGACAAUUCGAUCCCGUUCCCAAGGGAUUUGAGACGUCCUCUGGACGAUCGGCCGAUCAGCGAACGAUUCAUCGACAUAGCUCCAAAUAUAGGAGCGAGAUAGAAAAGAGGAAAUACCUGCGUCGCUCGGCUAGUCACGAUUAUCUCGAGUCAAACGUGUCCAGCCCGCAGUCGAGACGGUCGGGGAGCAGAGUGGAAUGUCGCAUCAGAAAAUUCGAAAGUUUAAAUUCCUUCGACGAACACCGUAGCCUGCAGAACUAUGACAGAUCAAACGAUUCGGAAAAUCUUAGGCAGGAGCAGGCGUCGCUCCUGAUCGAUUCCUCCAGAUUUAAAAUGCGUAGGUCGGAAUCCUUCCAUCACAUCUCCCAUCACACAUCGAAAAGGGAUCAGUGUUCAUCGAAGGGGGAAAGCGACAGCGGUCUUUUCUACAUUACGGAUUUUAAUCUGAAGCCCGUUGUCACGAGACGACCGCGAUCAAUCGAUGCGCCAAAAUCACCCAGUCUGAUAACGAAAUCCCUGGAUAGGAUUGAUGAGGGUCUAGAUUCGAUGGUAGAUAUUGUUAUUACGCAAGAGCAAAAUCAAUGGAACAGAGAUAAACGUCAGUCGAAAGCGAUUAAGUCCCGUGACGAGAAACAACUGACGAGAUCGAGAGCAGUCAGGCCCGAAGAUUUCUGUGGUAAUUCUACAGAGUUUGAUCAACAGGGAAAGCGAGAUAAUCUCAUUUCUAAAAAUAGACAUCUCAAGAACGACGAAUUGUAUCAUGUUAACAAUAAGCAGUUAAAGAGCGACGAAUUUUAUGAGGAACAGAGAACUCGCGAAUGGAAUUAUCAUAACGAAUUAAAUUAUGCUAGGAGCAAGGAAACUAGCUCGGAAGACUCGCCAGUAAUAUUAUCGAAAAAUGGUAUGAGACAUAAUUCUUUUUGUCAGGACAAAAUCAAUAACAAGUUUUCUGGCAGACCGAAUGAAUCGGGAAUUUUUGCUGGACGAACGUAUGACACGUUUGGUCUCGGAAAGAGUCGUUUCAACGCGGGAAAGUACUCGGGAAAUCAUCAAAUUAAAGAAAAUCCAAUUAGUCGAAGAAAUACGACAUCUUCGCUGAUUGGAAAACGCGGAAAGGUAACAGACGUUGUUUCCGGUCUUUACUGAAUGCGGGUAAAGUAUAAGUUUUGGAGCUCUAAAAAACCAAUGGAAAUGAUUUAUUUUAUAGUUUUCGUUUUCGUGCGUAUAGAAAACAAUUAAGAAUUUUUUUAUAAUUUAAGGAUAAGUAAUACCACAUUUUGUAAGUAAAAUAACAAUAAAAAAGCUCUACCUAGCCUUUACAAUUAUUUUAUAAAAAUGCUCCAGAGAUUAGAAUAUUAUAUACAUUAUAUUGAAAAGUGAUGCAAAAAGACCGAUUAAAGAUUGUUUUAUUCUUGUUUUAAAUUAUAUCUCGUACCAAA